CAUUGCGUUACGCAGCGUAGCGCAGCUAGAUAGGAGUCAGGACAUAAGACUGGAAAAAGCUAUUAUAUCAAGAACGCGUCAAGAUGUCCAAGUAUGAGAAGUUCCACCCUGAAUAUAAUAUGCAGCCCUGGCUGAGGAGCUGUGAAGUGGAAGUCAAGAAACCUAUCACCGGAAAAAUUACAGGUAAAAUUCCACAAUGGUUGCAAGGCACUUUGAUUCGAAAUGGACCAGGUUCCAUCAAGUGUGGCUCCGAGGAGUUCAUGCAUUUAUUUGACGGGCCAGCACUUCUACACAGGUUUGCCUUGAAAAACGGUCAAGCGACGUACCAGUGCCGCUUCCUGAAGACGGAUACCCUCAAAAAGAACAGAAAAGCACAACGCAUCGUCGUGUCUGAAUUUGGUACGAGAUCUGUACCGGACCCGUGCCAUACUAUCUUUGAUAGAUUAGCGUCAGUUUUUAACCCCUACAACGCACUCUCGGAUAACGCUGGAGUUUCAGUAAUCCCAUUCGGCGAUGAGGUUUAUGCAUUGACCGAAGUAACCAAUGUUUACAAAAUAGACCCUGAGACUUUGGAAUCGCUAGAGAAGGAAAAUUUGUUCGAUGCAUUGAUCGUGUGCCAUACAGCGCAUCCUCAUGUGAUGUCAAACGGGGAUGUUUACAACGUCGGUAUAAACGUUGUCAGAGGAAUGAUGAAACAUGUGAUCGUGAAGUUCCCCUAUAACGAAAAAGGAGACAUGUUCAAAAUGGCAGAAAUCGUCAACACAAUAGAGCCCAGAUGGCGUCUCAAUCCAUCUUACAUGCACUCUUUCGGUGUAACAGAAAAUUACUUUGUGAUAUUAGAGCAACCAUUAUCCAUAUCGCUAAUAACUAUUCUCAAGAAUCACUUCUUCAAUAAUUCAUUCUCCAAUUGUCUGAACUGGUAUCCUGAACAUGAGACUCAAAUCGUUCUUGUGGAUCGUAAAACCGGCGAGCAAACUCGAUAUCAUACUGAGACUUUCUUCUUCAUGCACACAAUCAACACUUUCGAAAAAGACGGCAAUCUCAUCAUUGACGUGGUCUCCUACAAAGAUGCUAAGAUGAUCGAUGCUAUGUACGUGGAGGCGAUAAAGGAUUUGCACAAUAACCCUAACUACGGACAAUGGUGUCAAAGUCGCCCCAAGCGCAUCACAAUCCCGCUGGACGCCCCUCCCGACACCAGGGUGGAGAUCAAACUGAUAGCGGAAGUUGGCCUUGAAGUACCUAGGAUACACUAUGAUCUUCAUAAUGGACGUCCAUAUAAAUAUUUUUAUGGAAUUGGAUCAGAGGUGCAUUCUAAAUAUGCUGGUUCAAUUAUCAAAAUAGAUGCGAACACGGGAGAAGUCAAAACAUGGCACGAGUAUGACGUAUUCCCAGGUGAACCUAUGUUUGUUCCUCAUCCAAACGCAAAGGAGGAAGAUGACGGGGUUUUGCUGAGCGCACUGCUGUGGGGUAAGGACGACCACGCAAUAACACUUCUAGUGUUAAAUGCUAAGGAUUUGAAGGAAAUCGCGCGGACAACCUUCAAGACGCCUUCACCAGCGCCCAACGGUUUCCACGGCUGGUACUGGCCAGAGCAGAAAGUAUAAAGCAUCCAAUUAACGUC